AUGCCAUUGAAUAUUUUGGGUACUGCUCUCAUUGAGGGACCGGAUAAAGUCCCAUAUCUUAAUCAAGUAAUUAAAUAUGCACCAUAUGCCGCUGUAAUCGGCGGUUUGAAGUAUUGGUUCAGGGGAAGAUUGAAUACAUGGGAAAGGAAGCUACAUGGAAAGGUUUAUAUUGUCACUGGGGCUACAACUCAAGGUAUGGGUACCUCUGUAAUUUUGGAAAUGGCUCGUAAAGGUGCACAAUUGAUAAUAUUAGUGCGUACGCUAGAUGAAUGGACUAGUGAAUGGUGUGAACAAAUACGGGCGAAAACACAAAACGAAUUGAUCUACGUGGAACAGUGCGACUUAGCAGAUCUGCAUGAUGUUAGGAAGUUUGCUACAACUUGGUUAGACAACUCUCCCCCAAGGAGAUUGGAUGGUUGUGUUAUUAUGUCUGGGAACAUGGAGCCAGUAGGGUGGCUUUGGGGGCGUAAAAGGGCCCAAAGGCGAACCAGUAAGGACGGUUUAGAGAUACAGAUUGCUAGCAACUUUGCUGGUGUUUUUCACUUAUUGCAUUUGCUUCAACCAAGCUUUAAAUCGCAGCCUCCCGAUCGAAAUGUAAGAAUUGUGGUUACCACAUGUUUCCUGCAAGCAUUAGGAGAAGUUAAAGUUGAUGAUCCGUUAUGGCAGAAGGAGAAAUACAACAAACCCUUGUCAUUCUUUAGUAGCUCGAAGUUGCAACUCAGUUUAACAAUGUUAGAAUUGCAACGGAGACUUUAUAAAGCUAUGAAAGAGAAUAGCAAAGAUGGACGCAGCGGGAAAAACGUAAGUGUUAUACUGGUGGACCCUGGUGUAAUGCGUUCUAUAUCCCUGAGGAGAGUCGUCAGCAAUGGUUCGGUAUUCCUUUUAUUAGUUCUAUAUUGUAUUAUUUUGUAUCCGUUGUUGUGGAUCUUCACUAAGAGCGGCUACCGGGGGGGACAGGUAAUUUUACAUGCCCUUAUGACCCCGGAACUUGAAGAAGUUAACAAGGAGGACCCGGAAUCCGUGCCAUAUAUGGUAAACUGCAUCACCAUGAAGUAUUCACGCAAAGAAUUCCAAGAUCUGAAACUACAAAAAUCACUCUAUGAUAAUACAGUUCAAAGCAUUCUUGAAGUGGAAAAGAAAGUUGCUAUAAAACGUAAUAUUAACAAGAAGAAAGUCUAA